GCAGGGAGCAGGCAAGGUCCUCGUUCCUCCCCUGGAUUCCUCCUGGGUCCAGGAAGGCCCGGCGGGGUCCGCUUGACCACAGGCCUCAGGCUGCCGACUGCUGCUCCCUGCGCUUUGCGCCCAUCCGGAUGGAAGAGCUUUCCGGGAAGUCUCUCAGCUGUGCGGAGAAGGAAAAGUUGAAGGAAAAGUUAGCAUUUUUGAAAAAGGAAUACAGCAAGACACUUGCUCGUCUUAAGCGUGCCAAAAGAGCUGAGAAGGUUAAGAACUCUAAGAAAGCAAUAGAAGAUUGUGUGCCCCAUCAGGAAGCCUCCCCACAGCUAAGCCGCUCUGAAUCUAUAAAUGAAGGCUCUCCUCGUGAUACAUUACAAAUCAACCAUCUUGAUAAGGAAACUGGAGAAAACAUUUCUGUAAUACUUGAUGUUGAGCCUCAGUCCUUUAACCAUAAAAAUGGCCAAGAAGAUGUAUUAUGUACACAAAGAGCAGGUGACAUCCAAGAACAAUUUUUGCAUGGCAUCAGCAGUCCCGAUGGUAAGAAAGAGCAGAGUGCACUGCCAGAGAGAACACAGGAGCAGUGGAAGAAAACAUCUGUUUCACAGGAGAAAGAACAUUUCCUUGGCAUUAAUUCUCUCAUACUCCCUGACAAACAACGAAAGACACAGGAAGCCAGCAGCAGCAAAAGUCCUGGGUCCCUGGUGCCUGAAGAGAAUCGCCUUUUAAGUCUGAAGUCUAAAACUAAAACUCCUUACCCUCCAGCCCUUGAUACAGAAAUUGAUGGAGAGGGUGUAUUAAUUCCACCAUCUAGCAAAUUGGAAAGGGAUAUUGAUACAGCUGUAAGAGGAAAUAAUGUCUCCAUGGAGACUACAGUCCCUUCGUGCUCUGUGUCAGACAACAGUCAUAGUCAACAGCUUGAACCUACAUCUCCUAAUGGUUACUGCAAAAUUGCUACUCAGGGCCCAGCUUCAUCCAUAAAUGUGGAGGCACAAGGCAGAAAAAUGACUGUCUUUACCGGUAACCCAGUAGUAAAGAAAGCUGCUAGUGCCCCUGAUCAGCUGCCAGGAAGUCCUAAUUCAGAGGCAAGUAAUUCAUGUUCUUUAAAUGAUCUCAUUCACAGUAACUUGCCAGCAAAUACUACCCAAAACUUUAAAUCUUUACAAUUGCCUGGUAACACUGUUGAUGGUAGAAAUGAGGAUCUUGAGGAAGAUGAAAUUCUAGGUUCAUCUAAGAACCUCAGCCCAGCGGCAGUCUCUCCUCCCUCCACAGAAAGUCAAAUGCAUUCUUACACAGUGCUUGAAGGCCUUCUGUUUCCUGCAGAAUACUAUGUUAGAACUACCCGUCGUAUGUCAGACUGUCAGAGAAAAGUAGCUCUGGAAGCUGUAAUUCAGAGUCACUUGGGUGUCAAGAAGAAAGGGCUUAAAAACAAAACUAAAGCAACUAAGAAUGUAGUCCUCUCCGGUGAAGAAGCUGACCACAGCGAAAGUAGUAUGUUGGACACAUGCACAGGACGAUCCAGCUCAGGAAGUCCCUCUCAGGAACUAAUCUUGUCAGCUGAGGUCAGCUCUCCUACAGAACCUGCUGAAGCUGACAGCCAAUCUAGGAAAGCUACUACACCUGGCAGGACACACAGAGGAAAACGAAAAUCAGUCCAAGUCUCCACACUGGGUCGUUGUCAGCUGCUUUUCCCUCCUUGCCACAUACUGGCUCUUAACAUGUCCAAGGGCAGAGUCACCAAGCAUAAGUGGCAGAGUGGAAAAGUAACUAUUCACGACUUCGAGUUACCUGAUGAAGACUUUGGACCUCUUAAGCUCCAAAAAUUAAAGUCCUACUCAGAAAAACUGAUUGAGUCUCCUGACUCAAAAACCUUUGGAAAGAGACUUUCUAGGGAAGGAAAUUGUGCCACUCUGGAAGCACUGCAAAUAGAUUCAGAAGUGGAGGACUUGGAAGAGGAACUCACCGCUCCAUCAGAAGCACACCCUCCAGGGCCAACCCUGAAACGGCAGCCUCUGAGCAAAGGCCUUUCUUCAUCUGCAGUGCUUUUCACUCCUACAGAUACAGCUGCACCUAACCAUAGUGGCAGAUCUACUGCCUACCUGUGUUCACCUGCUUUCCCCAUCCUUGGCACGACUCCAGCUUUUGCCUCCCAAACCACCAGUGAGAAUGUAACCCUUGAAGUUGGACAGACUUGCUCUACAUCCCGACCUUCUCACUUGGGAGACACAAACAGUCUUGCUAAUAGCAAUAAACAAUGCAACAGUUCAGUCAGCUCACCAAAACUGGAUACCAACCUGCAUGUGUCAGGUAGGCAAGGACAACCUACCUGUGACAGUGAAUCUGGCCCCCAAGCAACACCUUUGCCCAAUGAGUCAUUCACUUCCAGAGAAAAUCAGCUCUGUGGAAAUGCAUGCCUCGAGUUACAUGAACAUUCCAUUGAACAGACUGACGUUGCAGGCCUCCCUGCUCAGGACACCUGGAACCCAAGCAGCCUACAGUUAGUCUCAAAGAUCAAGGUACCAGUAUUACAAAUAGUUCCAGUGCCUGAUGUUUACAAUCUUAUAUGUGUAGCUUUGGGAAAUUUGGAAAUCAGAGAAAUCAGGGCAUUGCUGUGUUCCUCUGGGGAUGAAAGUGAAAAGCAAGUAUUACUGAAAUCUGGAAAUAUAAAAGCUGUGCUUGGCCUAACAAAGAGAAGACUGGUUAGUAGCAUUGGAACCUUUUGCAGUCAACAAGUACAAAUUAUGACAUUUGCCGAAGAUGGAGGUAGCAAAGAUGAACAGCUUUUGAUGCCCCCUGAUGAGACUAUACUGACUUUUGCUGAAGUCCAAGGGAUACAGGAUGCUCUGCUUGGCACCACUACUGUGAACAACAUUGUGAUCUGGAACUUAAAAACUGGCCAACUCCUGAAAAAGGUGCACGUUGAUGACUCUUACCAAGCUUCGGUCUGUCACAGAGCCUAUUCUGAGAUGGGGCUCCUAUUUGUUGUUCUGAGUCAUCCUUGUGCCAAAGAGAGCCAGGCCUUUGGAAGCCCCGUGUUUCAGCUUCUGGUGAUUAACCCUAAGACGGCUCAGAGUGUGGGCAUUCUGCUGUGCUGCCUUCCUCAAGGGCAAGCUGGAAGGCUCCUGGAAGGGGAUGUGAAGGAUCAUGUCGCAGCAGCAGUCCUGACUUCUGGGACGAUUGCCGUUUGGGACCUGACACUGGGUCACUGCACUGCUCUCCUCCCACCUGUCUCUAAUCAGAAUUGGUCUUUGGUUAAGUGGUCAGUUACAGAUUCUCACUUGCUAGCUGGACAAAAAGAUGGAAAUAUAUUCAUAUACCGCUACUUUUAAGUUAAGAGGCAAAUAGUUUCUGGGUAUUUUGCCUUUGAAUAGUUUUUUGAAAAAGAAUACAAUAUCUAAGAGAUAUUUAACAUGAUUGCCUGAUGGUUGCACUACUGACAAUAUUUGCUUGUUUGUUUUGGUGGUAUGGUUUUAAGUCCAUAUUUGCACAUUUGCUAUUAUAGGUGUACAUAAACAGUAAAUGUUAAUAAAUAUUUAUUUUGAUACA